AUGGACUCCAAGUUCGACUGCACAGAUGGAAGUGAUGAAUCCCUCCACUAUCGUUGCGAGUCUGUGUCACCUCUCGGCUGUAAAUUACUUCGUGACGCUGACGCUAGUAGUAUGUCAACUAGCAACGUAAUUUCGUUUCGUGAACUCUGCGAUGGCAUCGUCGAUAAAUUCUUUCUGACUACAAAUAGCAGUGAAACAGAUGAAACAGAUUGUGAACAUUGGGGUUAUACAUGCGAGGAUUCACUGUACACAAAGUGUGAUCAACGGUGGCACUGUCCGGAUGGUCGAGAUGAACUCAAUUGUCCUUGGGAAGCAACGUAUGCUACACGAAUACAGCAGCAGCUCAACUGUUCACGAACGGAGCACUAUUGUGUCCAACUGUUAGGUGCUACCUGCUUGUCUUUGGCGAGGGCAGGCGAUGGUGUGAUUGAUUGUCUGGGGGCUACGGACGAGAGGCGUACAGCAAACAAAUGUUAUGAGAAACAUCCGUUUCUGCCAGACAAACGGUUUCUCUGUGCAAACACAAUUGGUGAUUCGCCUCCCGUCUGUUUAACACCCGAACAAGUAUGUGAUGGGCAAGUUCAGUGUCCCGCCGGCGAUGAUGAAAGAUUUUGUUAUCAUCCGCGAUGUCCACGGUACCACCCUAACGUCGACUUUCGCUUUGAAAAUGCCUUGUUCUGUGAUCUGACAGAUCGAAAGACGGUAGAGAAUAUACUGCCUAUGAGUGAAAUUGGAAACUAUUUACCGACUGUAGUUGUUGAAGGAAAAGUGCUCUCGUCCGUUGAAGGAAAAGCGCUCUCGUCUGUUAAAGGAAAAGGACUCUCGUCCAUUGAAGAAAAAUUUCGUCUCUGGUAUUUUGAUGAUGCAGCUCACAUUAUGCCGCCAAGUGAUGCUAAAGGAAUGAACAUAGCUAUUUCCGAUGCAAAAGUUUUGGCGACGCUCUUACCGCUUAUAUGA